GUUUUGAUUUGCAGCAUGCUUCGCCAAGCCUCCCGCCUCACACGCGUCUCCCGCGCCGCCCUCUUCCACCAGCGCUUCGCCUCGAGCAAGGUCUUCGCCUCGUCGGACGAGGCCGUCAAGGACAUCAAGAACGGCUCGACCUUGAUCGUUGGUGGCUUUGGCCUCUGCGGUAUUCCCGAGAGCUCGAUCGACGCGCUCGUGCGUCAGGGCGCCAAGGACCUCACGUGCGUCUCCAACAACGCCGGCGUCGAUGACUACGGCCUCGGCCUUCUCCUCCAGUCGCGCCAGAUCAAGCGCAUGAUCUCGUCGUACGUUGGCGAGAACGCCUUGUUUGAGAAGCUCUACUUGACGGGUCAGCUCGAAGUCGAGCUCACGCCGCAGGGCACGCUCGCCGAGCGCAUCCGUGCCGGUGGUGCUGGUAUUCCUGCCUUCUUUACGCCGACCGCGUACGGUACCAUCAUCCAGGAAGGCGGCUUCGGCAUCAAGCUCAAGGCCGAUGGGUCCGUGGACAUUCCGAGCAAGGCGCGCGAGACGCGCGUCUUCAACGGCCGCAACUACGUCAUGGAGGAGGGUAUUACGGGUGACUUUGCGCUCGUGAAGGCCUGGAAGGGCGACAAGGACGGCAACCUCGUCUUCCGUGGCACGACGCGCAACUUCAACGUCGACGCGGCCAAGGCCGGCAAGACGACGAUCGUCGAGGUCGAAGAGCUCGUCGAGAUUGGCGAGUUGCACCCGGACGAGAUCCACGUCCCGGGUGUGUACGUCCAGCGCAUCUACAAGGCCGAGCGCAACGAGAAGCGCAUCGAGCGCCUCACGGUCUCGGACAACGCUAAGAGCGCCAAGGUCACGCCGGACCGCGAGCGCAUCAUCAAGCGCGCGGCCAAGGAGCUUGCGGACGGUAUGUACGUCAACCUCGGCAUUGGCCUCCCGACGCUCGCGCCCAACUACGUCCCGGCUGGCGUCUCGGUCGUGCUCCAGAGCGAGAACGGCCUCCUUGGCAUGGGUCCGUACCCGAAGCUCGGGUCGCAGGACCCCGAUCUUAUCAACGCGGGCAAGGAGACGGUCACGUACCUUCCUGGCUCGUCGACGUUCUCGUCGUCCGAGUCGUUUGGCAUGAUCCGCGGCGGCCACAUCCACCUCACGAUCCUCGGUGCGCUCCAGGUCGCUCAGAACGGCGACCUCGCCAACUGGAUCAUCCCUGGCAAGAUGGUCAAGGGCAUGGGCGGCGCGAUGGACCUCGUCGGCAGCGGCAACCGCGUCGUCGUGACCAUGGAGCACAACGCCAAGAACGGUAGCGCCAAGAUCCUCAAGAGCUGCUCGCUGCCGCUCACGGGCAAGCAGGUCGUGAACCGCAUCAUCACGGAGCUCGCGGUCUUUGACUGCACGCCUACCGGCCUCGUCCUCAUCGAGCACUCGCCCGACACGACGGUUGACGAGAUCCGGGCGCGCACGGAAGCCGACUUUACCGUCUCGCCGACGCUGUCGCUCAUGGAGUAAGGCUUAAUGUUACACCGUCCGUUUAUCACCGU